UGACUCUAAAGCAGGAGAGGAGAGAUACAAUGGAGGAGAGCGUGGCGCGGACUCACUGCUGAGAGACUUAUCUUUUUUCUGAGCGAUAAGCGAGGGAGACAUUGCAGCUGGUUGAGCUGGUCUUGUGUCUUUUCUCCCUUUUCUCCGUUUGUGCAGUGAUUGUAUUGGGACUCGGAGCGGCACCGCAUCAUAGAUCAUCAUGCCUCCCACAACCCCGUAUGCUGGGAAGUUCAACUCCUGCACUACUUACAACAACAACAACCACCAGCAGCCUCAGAGUCCGUACCGCAGCAACACUGCCCCGAAACCAUCACGGGACAACGUCUACAACGGUUCCUACUCCACGGCAGAAAACCCCUACGACGUGCCGCACCCUCACACCGCAUAUCGCAGUGCUUCUGUCUCCUCUAUGACUGCGAAGGAGCAUCAUUAUAGCAGCAACUGUGCAGUUACAGAGAACCCGUACUCCUCCCCGCCGCCUCACAGCCCUCGCCAGCACAGCACGACCUGUCCGGGCCGAGCGCAUCCCCACACGAGCAGCGGUGAACUGUCCUGCCGCAGCAACACGGCUUCGGCCAAAGCUCGACUUUACGGACACGGGAUCACCACCAGCUAUGGGGAGAUGUGUUACCAUGACAACAGUUUGGUUUCGGCGUCUCUGGAGGCGCUGAUCCAGCACCUGGUUCCUACCGUGGACUACUACCCCGAUAGGUCAUAUGUCUUCACUUUCCUGCUGAGUUCACGCCUCUUCUUGCACCCCUACGAGCUCAUGACGAGGGUUUGUCACUUGUGUGUGGAGCAGCAGAGGUCUGGAGAUGCCCUUCUGGACAAGAUCCGUUUCCGUGAGGUGGCACCAAAGCUGGUCCAGCUGCUGACGGAGUGGACGGAAACAUUUCCAUAUGAUUUUAGGGAUGAGCGGAUGAUGCGCUGCCUGAAGGACAUGACGCACCACGUGGCUCGAGGGGAUGAGUACUCGUGGCGAGCCAUGCAGCAGAUGACCCAACGUCUUAUCAAGCGUCUAUCGGCCCUGGGCCAGUAUGAGGAGGCAGUGGCGGCUCUCAACGCCGUGGCACAGGAGCGCCCCGCUUCCCUGAAGAGCAAGCAGGCUUCAGCUCAGCGCAGCGACAUUCUGAACCUGUGUGACGACCCUUUCGUCCUCGCCCAGCAGCUCACGCACAUUGAACUGGACAGACUGAGCUUCAUCGGUCCCGAAGAGUUCAUCCAGACAUUCGCCAUGAAGGAUCCACUGGAGAACCAUAAGGGUUUCUUUCGGAAGCGUAAAACCACUAACCUGGAGGCGUACGUGAACUGGUUCAACAGGCUGAGCUUCCUGGUGGCCACAGAGAUCUGCAUGCCUCAAAAGAAGAAGCAGAGAGCGCGGAUCAUAGAGUUCUUCAUCGAUGUGGCGCAGGAGUGCUUCAACAUCGGCAACUUCAACUCUCUCAUGGCCAUCAUCACUGGGAUGAAUAUGAACCCUGUGGCUAGACUGAGGAAAACCUGGAGCAAAGUCAACACGGACAAGUUUGAAAUCUUGGAGCACCAGAUGGACCCCUCUAGUAACUUCAGUAACUACCGGACUGCACUCCGUGGGGCCACCCAGAGGUCUGAGACUGCACACAGCAGCCAGGAGAAGAUUGUGAUCCCUUUCUUCAGUCUCCUCAUUAAAGACAUCUACUUCCUGAAUGAAGGCUGUUCCAGCAGGCUUCCCAACGGACAUAUCAACUUUGAGAAACUUUGGGAGCUUGCAAAGCAAGUGAGCGAGUUCCUGGUUUGGCGUCAGGUCAUAUGUCCGUUUGACAGAGAUCGCCGGAUCCUUCAGUAUCUUGUCACUACACCUGUUUUCAAUGAAGACGAGCUGCAUUUGGCCUCGUAUGAGAGUGAAGGGCCCGAGAACCACAUGGAGAAAGACAGUCGCCGAUCUCUUAGAUCUUCCCUUCUUCAUCGAGAGAACCGGUCUUAAAAGCGAGACGACCCCUUCUGCUCUACAGACUGUAAAUGAAUCAGCUGUUUUAAAGAUUGUUUCCAUGCCAAAGUUUACACCUUGGACUUAAGUACUUUUCCAUGGAAUAACAAACAAGAAUAUUGCUCAAUGUUUGAGAUCACAAGAAGCAGAAAUGAUUUAUAUAUCAGAAAAUUGUAACCACUUGUAAUCCAGAGAAAUACUGGAGAUCCUCCACAAAAUGAAAUCAUUUCUAAACCUGAUUAUUCUCACCAAGAGCCUGGAUUUUUGAAUCAAAUUCCCACUUGGCUUUUUCCAACAUUCCCCCCUUGUAAAGAUACGAUAUAAGACGUUUGACCAAGUGUGUGGAUUUAUAUUUCAACAACUGGGGAAAGAGAAUCGGUGUGGAGGGACUCCAGCUUUGGAGGGAUUCCGGCUUUCCACGGACAGAGACGGACCUGAUUAUUUUUGGUUGCUGCAUGAGCACUGCUGAUGUGUGCAUCAUGGAGAGCGAGACAAGACACCCCAACGGAAGAAUGGAUUUACAUUUAUCUGUGUUAUCAAUAACAGGCUAUGAAGUGCUUGUAGAAGUGCUGUUGCUGCACCUCCAGUCAUUCAUCUUUAACACCGUGUCAUUCAAACAAUUCAACUGCAUUUGCCACAUACUCAGUAAGAUGAUUUGUAAUAGCCAUGUUAUCUGUUUUCAACAUGUAAUGUGUGCACUAUGGCUAUUAGUGAUGCAAAAUUGCAUAAGUGAGAGCAGCAUCAUGCAUACUCAAACAAAAUGCACUUCUGUGUGUUCUUGUGUAUUGUAAGAUUUGGUGACAAAUUUUGAGUUUUAUACUAUGGCAUUAAGCUGUAUUUUGUAUAAGAAGCUUGUUUUUCUUUGUAAUCACCAUAAGUUUCAUCCAUGAGCUUGUUGCUGGUUGGCUGGCUCUGUGAUGGUAAGCUUUUACAACACCAGUUCAUAUAUGUAAAAAGAAAAAAAAACACAUUUUUCUGGUCAGAAUGAAGCAGAAUAUGUGAACCUCCUCUGCACCCCAUCUCCAAUCAUGUGAGUGUGAGCCUUUAAUAUCUAGCUAUAAAUACAAGUGAUGCUAUUGUUUUAUGUUUGUUGUUUUUUAGUGUGUUUUGUCAUGUAUUUUUACGAUUUUUGUGUAUCUUUCAUGUUAUCAGUCAAGGUACAUGUACUGAAGACGAGAGAAAGUUUUUUCUUUUCUUUCAAAUAAAUAGGAUAAAAUAUCA